AACCACAUAUUAACUUUAAUCGAUUCGACUUUAUGAUCAAAGGUAUUCUACCCAUGACCAUGUAUCCUGUCGGCAUUCUUUCGAAUGCCAUCCCGUCUUUUAUUCGGGCAUUACCUAUCUAGGGCAACAUUCUCCAAAAGUAUCUAUUCGGUUUUUAGUCGGUAGGGCGUAAUUUCGGAGAGAUUUGGCUGCUAUUUUUAGCAGGUUGAGCGAUCAUAUAAAGAGAAAUAGAAAUACAAGAUUGAUUUGUCUCACCUCAAAGCUACCCUAAUUGAGAUGUAUUAUAAUCAAAAACUUUCAACCCGUGACCAUCUAAUCUGUGAUCUUUUUUUUUUUUUCUUUCCCGGAAAUUAUCCAAUAAGUUCUUUUAGAGACGGAUGAGUGAUUUGAGGGAUAUUUGGCAUCUAUUUCUAACAGGAUGAGCGAUUGUAUUGAGCCUCCGCACGUUGAUUCGUUGGGGGACUUUAUAUGCUGAGGGAAUAUUUUCCUCCAUCACCGAAUAUUGUUUGUGAAAAACUACAAAACACUAAGCGCCACUUGGACAUUUACAAAUAUGCAUACAUCAAUCAAUUUCGGUGACCACAAACCUUUGAGAGCUGUCUUGUUUUAAAUGGAAGCACCUUAUCACUUUGUUAGUGAAUUUUGCAAGUCAUUUGACUGCGGCCAUGCUGAAGCACCACCUUUACGAAUCAAAUCGACCCCAGGACGUAUUCUUUUGUAAUUGGCUGCUUAGGUUGCGAAAAGUUAAAAUGUCGUCAUCACCUCAUAAGUCUGCACGCUGUGAUGACAAAAUCUGCGAUGAGUUGGUGAACCCUACUGCAGAAAUGGUAAAAGAUGAAUGUGCAGUGGCCAACCGUUUUGAAGAACUUUUCAAUAGUCCUCAUUUCAGUGACAUUCGGUUGAACAUCUGUGGUGAUGUUUAUUAUGCCCACAAAUUUCUGUUAGUUACAGCAAGUGAAGUCUUCAAUGCAAUGUUAAACGAAGAGAGAUGGAGAGAGUCUCGUCAGCCCGAGAUCGAAUUAAAUGAAACUGAUGAAUGUAUUCCAGUUUUUGGCCAAUUCUUGAAGUAUAUAUAUUGCGGCAAAGUAGAACUUACAACAGACACGACUCUUCCAAUACUCUUACUUGCGGAUAAAUACUCUCUGUCUAGUUUACGUAAAUCUUGUGUAGAUUAUAUGCUGCGACACAUUGUGGAAUCACCAGACACUAACAGGACACUGACGUGGUACCAGUAUGCCAAAAUGACUAACCAGGAUGAGUUGGCAGCCAACUGCUUGAAAUUCAUCACAUCAAACUUUGACCUUAUUCUUCGCACAGCUGAUUGGCUGGACGUUUCUGACUCUGAAGUUGAAGAGUUCUUGAAAAACUCUGAGCUUCUUGUUAGCAGUGAAGCUGCUCUCUGGAAGGAGGUUGAGAAAUGGCUGGUGGUUUCUGAAAGCCGACUAGAAAAAACUGAAGAUAAUUUGGCAAAAAUAAUUCCGCUGUUACGCUUUAGUAUGAUGACACCACGCCAACUCUUGGACAUUGAGUCUUCCAAUUUGUGUCAUAAUAACCCAGACAUUUUCAGUCCACCAUUAAAUGCAGCUUAUCGCUAUCAUUCACUUUCGUCUGAUGUUCUUACUGAUAUUGGCAAGGAACCUUACCGAAAUUACACGGAUGACUCAUAUUCUAUUUGUUGCAAAAUUGGUCUUCAGAAGUACCGGGAAGUAACCAAAAUUAACAGCAAAAUCGAUGCGAUGUUUGAUGUACCAAUUGUUUAUGCUGCUCCCUCCCGAACAGUUGUUAAGAAAUUUACUUUCCGUGUGGAAUUCUUCUCAAAGGGCUAUUUCAGUGCAUAUUCUUUAUAUGGACGUUAUCUUGGUCGUCAGACAGAUAUGACCAUGAUGAACAUAGACUGUACGGUGACACCAGAUCUGGCCCUUAAAGUAGAGUUCACAAUUGUAUUCUAUGGUAAAAAGAAAGACUUGGAAUAUGUUGUGUACACCUACCAUGGUGCCCACACAUUUAGUCGAGAUAGCUGUGGGGCUGUUGUUGAGAAUGUAAUACCUUUGAAAUUGUUGACGCAAAAAGAUUCUGUGUAUCUCAUCGAUGGAAAUUUAGUAGGAAGUAUUUUUAUAAAAGUACAGAAGGUUAUACAAACCUCACAGAAUUUUAAUAACUAGAGAUACAUUUGCCUAUGCUUUGCUGAGAUACCUUUCAUAUAUUGUGACAGAAUAACGCGUGUAUGUGUGUAUGUGUUUGCAUAUAUAUAUAUCUAUGUGUGUUUACAUAUAUGCAUAUAUAUGUGUAUGUAUGUAUGCAUGCAUGCAUACAUAUAUAUAUAUAUAUACACACACACACAUAUACAUACAUACAUACACACAUAUAUAUAUACACACACACACACAUAUACAUACAUACACACAUAUACAAACUAAAUAAUUGAAACAAAAUAAAGGGAGAUUUUUUUUUUUUUUUUUUUUUUCAUAUCUCCUCUUGGCUGUGAAAAACAUUUUUCAUAUGAUUUCUUUUAAAAUUCAGAUUUAAAAACAAAAAUAUUCAUUUUCAGUGUAGAUAUGAAUUGAUAUUUAUCAAAGUUAAACCUGCUCUUUUGUCAUAAAACAGAUUUUGUAGAAAAAAAUAUUAAGAUAAUCCUUCUUUUGUAAUUUUAUUUAAUCUGAAUGAAGUCACCAUUUUUUUUUUUUUUCAUGAUUCUGUGUGAAAGAUGCAAAUAAUUCUUGCGUUUCAUGAAACUGCUUGUUAUUUUUAUUAUUAGGUUGACUGAGUGGCAGAAACUAUAAAAUGUUAAACAAAGUACCUUACAUUAUUUAAAUGCUGAACCCCAACCCUGUCAAAUUUGACUCGUUUUAACCUUCCGAGAUUGAUAAAAACAAAUUAAAAGAAACACCAAUAAUAUAAGGAAAAAAAAUUCAGUUGACUGUCUCCCUCCUUUACAAGUAUUUGACUUUGUGGCAAUGCUUGAAAGGCUUCUAUCAGCAGUGAGGCAGUAGAGGUGGUGAGCUGGCAGAAACGUUAGCACGCUGGGCGAAAUGCUUAGCGGUAUUUCGUCUGCCGUUACAUUCUGAGUUCAAAUUCCGCCGAGGUCGACUUUGCCUUUCAUCCUUUCGGGGUCGAUUAAAUAAGUACAAGUUACGCACUGGGGUCGAUAUAAUCGACUUAAUCCGUUUGUCUGUCCUUGUUUGUUCCCUCUGUGUGUAGCCCCUUGUGGGCAGUAAAGAAAUAAGAGGUGGAAAAAUCAGCAACACACUGGACAAAAUGCUCUGCUACAUCUCGUUUGCUCACUUUACAAUCUGAGUUCAAAUCCUGCUGAGGUCAACUUUAUCUUUUACAUCCUCCUGGAAUCAAAAAAGAAGUAUCAAUCACAUUUUGGAGGUUUAUCUAAAAUAGUGAUGGCCAACAUAUUCUGCCUUUGCUUAGAGUAUUUUCUUUUUAUGUCAUCCAUGGCACAUCCAAUGUCUGUCACCAAAAGAAAAUCAAUAACUAUUAAUAUCCAGUACCGCUGCCGUAGUCUCCUUUAGAGAGACUUAGAAAUAUUAAUAUCUCUAUUUCUGAAAACCAGUGGAUGUAUUCCACUGAAUUUAGGUAAAUAAUCCUUCGUACAGACGGUCAGUAGCGACGCCUGCUGGGUUCGGCUGCUCUGCAUUGAUAAGGGGCAACACCCAGAAACUAGUCUGUAGAUGCCAGACCAGCAAGGGGAAGCGGCUGACCUCCCCUGUUUGAAGGUUAUAAAGGACAAAGGUUCGUGUGUCACAUAGCUAACUAGAGAGGUGAUGGCCUCUUGGAGCUAAUCAACGGCAGCAUUCGUCCUAUUUUUUGGACUGCCAUGCUGGCUUGGCGAUAACUAUCAAUAUUCAAAUUAUGAUACAAAAAAGUGCUAAUGCAGCCUAUAGUAUACUGGUUCAAUAGCUUCCUUGUUCUUGGUGUCUUGCACUCACGAUGUCAUAAUUAAAUUCCCUAAAAACAUACAAAUGUUGCUAUCAUCCAUUUCUGGGUCAUAUGGCCCACCUUAUGUAUUUGUUUGACUAUACCUACCCCUCAACCAAUAUUUAUAGCUUUGUGUCUAUAUUAGAAAAUGAUUAAUCUAUUACAAUUAUUUUUAAAAGUAGUAGUAGUAGUGGUAGUAGUAGUAUUUUAUUACUAUUAUUAUAAGUAGUAUUAGUAAUUUUGUUCAAAGAGGCAGAGAAGUCAAAGAUGGUAAAGUAUUGCCUUAUUGUAGUCAUUGUUAUUCCCUCCUUACCUCUACACUCUGAGAUCAAAUCACACAGAGGUCUGCUUUGCUUUUUUGUUCUGGAGUUAAUAAAAAGGGGGGGUUUUACCUUCACUGGUAUUUAUUUAACCCUUUAGUCUUCAGAUUAAUUUGUUAAAUAUAAUACUUUUUUCACUCAAAUUGUUUUGAAUUAAUCAUACAUUAUCUUACAGCUUUGAAAUUUCGAUGGUGAGAUAGUUUAUUCUUAGAAUAUCAAUGUAGGUUAGGUGUGAGAGGCUAGAUAUGGCCAGUUUGAAUAUAAAACGUAGAACAUUUGGGCCGGAUAUGGCCGACUUAAACACCAAAGGGUUAAUUGAUUGUUCCCCUCCCAACAACAAACUUAUAUAACCUUCAGCAAAAGUGGGAAAUCAUUUUGAGAAGUGACUAUUGACAAAUCACUCCCUUUUCCCACUCAAAAUUGCUGGCUUUGAGCCUAAACCUAGAACAUCAACAACAACAGUUAUUAUUGGUGAGGGCAAAUGGCUUAGUGGUUAGAGUGUUGCACUCAUGAUCUAGUAAUCAUGAUUUCAAUUCCUAGACCAGGUGAUGCGUUGUGUUCUUGAGCAACGCAUUUCAUGUUGCUCUGCAAUCAUUUUGACACCUGAUGCACCUGUUCAGACAACAUCGGUUUGAUGAAGAGAGUGAACUGAUGUGUGGGCAUGAACAUUUGAUCACUCUAAACAAAUCAUUUGUGCAGGUCAUUCGGCAAAAGGUGAAUGCUCAUAUUUUGUCUUCGGUGGGAGAGUCCAUCAUCAUCAUCAUUAUUAGUCGGGGCACAAGGCCUAGUGGUUAGGUUGUUAGACUCAUGGUUCUAAGAUUGUGGUUUCAAUUCCUGGACUGGACAAUGUGUUGUGUUCUUGAGCAAAACACUUCAUUUCAAAUUGUCCUUCAAAAAAAAAAAAAGAAAAAAAGGCCGCAGGCU